AUGAGUUCAGAUGAAUCUGACGACGAUGAAAACUUUUAUGAUAUGACUGAAAUAUCAUCUACUUCAUCGAAAUCUCCUAAAAUAAAUGAACUAGAGAAUAAAACUAACGAACCAUUAAGCCCUGUUUUUGAUGAACUUGAUGGAAAUUUUUAUGAAAUUUAUGAAGAUCAACAUGAAACUAUACAACCAUACAUUGAUGAGCCAUUAACACCAUCUGAUCAGAAAAAGCCAAAUUUUCAUUAUUCAGUUUUAACUGAAAAUCAAUACAUUGAAUUAAUGAUGAAUUAUGUUGACGAAAUAGAAGAUAUUCUUCACAUACCAUCAACUAUUGCUAAACUUUUACUGCACUGUUUCAAAUGGAAUAAACAACGAUUAUUAGAAAAAUUCUACGAAAUGGAUCCCGUUGAAUUUUAUCAACAAUCGAAACUUGUUAAUCCAUUUACUGAAAAAACAUGUGCCAGUGAGUCCACUGGAAUUUGCUUAAUUUGUUGUUCGAGUGGGCAAACCGAAAUGUUUAGUCUUAAAUGUAAACAUACAUUUUGUAAUGAUUGUUGGAAAGGUUAUUUGAUAAAUAAAAUUAUAAAUGAAGGCCUUGCUCAAACAAUUGCUUGUCCAGAUUUGCAAUGUGAAAUACUUGUCGAUGAUGAAACUAUCACAAAGUUUUUAGACGAUAAUGAAUUUGUCAAACAUAUUUAUGCAAAAAUCAUAUUAAAUUCCUAUGUCGAGAAUAAUCCACGCGCUCGUUGGUGUCCAGGAAAGAACUGUGGUUGUAUUAUUAAUGCAACAUCUCUGACAUCUGCUUAUAAUUAUGCUCAAUUGAUCACAUGUGAUCAUUGUCAAACAUCAUUCUGUUUUCAAUGUGCUCAAUCGUGGCAUGAUCCUAUAAAAUGUAUUUUAUUAUUACAAUGGAAUAAAAAGAUGUUUGACGAUAGUGUAACAGUUGCAUGGUUGAAAGCUAAUACAAAAUCUUGUCCAAAAUGUAAAGUGAAUAUUGAAAAGAAUGGUGGUUGCAACCAUAUGACCUGUAGACAUUGUCGUCAUGAAUUUUGUUGGUUAUGUUUCGGUAAAUGGUCAACCCAUUCAGAAUGCAAUCGUUUCGAUGAAAACCAGAUUACUGAUGCAUUGCAAAAUGAAUACGCUCUUGCUUUGUCUCGAUAUAUUCAUUAUUAUGAUCGCUUUUACAAUCAUCAAUAUUCAUUUGAUUUAGAGACAAAAUUAUUUGAAAAUAUUCGUCAAAAAUUUAUUCUUAACGAACAACAAUUAUCGAAGAAUGACACACAAACCAUUGAAAAAGCAUUUAGCGUUUUAUUAAGUUGCCGUCAAACACUAAUAUAUACGUAUCCGUUUGCAUAUUAUUUAGUAAAAAAUAAUCAAUCCAUUGUCUUCGAAGAAAAUCAAGAAGACCUAGAAAAAACAUGUGGAGAACUUAGUCGAUUUUUAGAGCAAGACUUAACUAAAGAACUUGUACUGAACAAUAUUAAAAGAAUAUUAAUUGAAAAAUAUCAGUAUUGUGAUUCGCGAAAAGAUGUUUUGUUAAAACAUGUCAAAGAAGGCUAUACCAAUGAUUAUUGGCAAUAUCAUGAAGAAGCGAUAAUCAAUUCUAAUAAAAAAGUAUAA